AUGACAAAGGUGAAUUUGGUAACAGAUUGUAAGAAUGGAAUAAAGACAAAGAGAUACACUCCCAAGGAUGGUGUCCUCAUAUCCUCUGUUGUAGAUGGUGAUAAGGAACUAUGGAAGAAAGCUGAAGGAGCUGAUGAAAAGUGUACAGGUGUAAGAUCCUAUAAAAAGGGUAAUGCAUCAUUCCUUUACAUAACUAUAAAGAAAGGUGAUAAGUUGGAGCCUAAAUUAUUUGAGAAGGUAAAUGGAACUUGGAGGGAGGUCAGUAAGGAUGAGUUUAAUGACAAGGUAGAUGAGAUGUUAGGAAUACCAGCAGGAUCUGCCACUGACAUUUCAAAGUCUAACCUCUCCAUAAUUCCCCCAGGAUCCGUCUAA